ACGGGCGCGCGCGCGCACGCACGCACACACACACACACACACACACUGCAUCCAAAACAAAGCUGGUGGAGAACAAGGAGCCCGGAGCGGAGCAGAGCGUCACGGUGAUCUCUUCGGAAAGAAAGAAAAAAAAAAAAAGAAAAAGAAAAACCAGGAUUAAUUGAUCUUUUAAAGCAGUGUUGUUGGUGUUGUUGGUGUGUGUGUGUGAGUGUGUGUGUGCGCUCGCGGUGCAGUCAGUGGUGAGCACUCAGCCCGCGGUGAUGGACAUUAUGAGUGCGGUGCAGGAUGCGUGUGUCUCCGGGCAGUGGCUCACCGCGAUCAUCCUCAGCCUCUGCUGCUUCCUGCCCUCCUGCCUGCCUGCGGGACAAACUGUGGACUAUGCCUCGAGUGAGAGUGUGGUGAGCCGGCAAGGAGACACGGCGCUGCUCAGGUGCUACCUGUUGGACGGGAUCUCGAAAGGUGCGUGGUUAAACCGCUCCAGUAUAAUAUUCGCAGGGAAUGAUAAGUGGUCGGUGGAUCCUCGCGUAUCCAUCGUAUCGAACAUGGGCGACAAACACGAGUACAGUCUACAGAUACAGAAAGUGGACGUAACGGACGAAGGCUUCUACACCUGCUCGAUACAGAGCGAACGCAACCCGCGGCCAAAACUCAUCCAGUUAAUCGUCAAAGUUCCUCCCAAAAUAUACGACAUCUCUUCGGACCUCACGGUAAACGAAGGCGGCGACAUUUCGCUCUUCUGUUUAGCCAGCGGGAAACCGGAGCCGAAAAUCACCUGGAGACACAUCAGCCCAUCAGCCAGGAAGUUCGAGAGCGGAGAGAAUCUCAACAUAAGCGGAAUAACUCGGGAUGCAGCGGGGGAUUAUGAGUGUGGCGCCGAGAACGAUAUUGCUUCUCCCGACACCAGGACUGUGAAAGUCACCGUCAACUUUCCACCUUCUAUUCAUGAGAUGAAGAGUCACGGGGUCCGACCCGGUUACAUGGCGCUGCUGCGGUGCGAGGCGGCCGCCGUCCCCACUCCGGCUUUCGAGUGGUACAAAGGAGAGAAGAGGCUCAGCAAGGGUCAAGCAGGCAUCGACAUCAAGAACGCGAGCUCCAGGUCCAUCCUCACAGUGAGUAACAUCACUGAGGAUCGCUAUGGCAACUACACCUGCGUGGCUGUCAACAAGCUGGGAGCUGCCAACGCCACCGUGCCUCUGAUUCCUCCAAAUACAGCUCAGUACGGGACCACCGGAGGAGGAGAAGCUCUGCUGGCGUACGAUUUCCUCGUGUUGGCUCUCAGCUCUCUGCUCUGCGUUUACUAGCACCACGUACAGCCAUUCGCACUGAACUGGACUGAACCAUUCACACGGCUCAUUUCCGGAUCUGAUCUGGCAACGCGGUUUGCUUUUCUUUUUUUUUCUUUUUUUUCGUUUUGCAAAAAAAGAGAGAUAUUUUAAUCAGUAAGCGGUACUUUUCAGAUGGUGGUUUUUACGUUCUGUGAAAAUUUCUCAUCUUGUACAUACACAUCCGGUUUACAUUCCUUCUCCUUCUCCCUCUCCCUUUCCUCUUUUUUUUCUCUCUGUCGUUUACUUUAUUCCACUUUCUUUCCUCGAUUUGUCCACUUUGUGAAUCAGCACCACCGUGCUCUUUUAGAAGGGAUCAGAAUUAGCUAGCCGCGUCGUUCUGAGGGGAGCGGG